GCGUUUGCGCCUGCUCGCGAGCGAGGAGGGAGGGAGGAGGGGGCGGGCGGGGAGAUGAAGUGCUUCCACUUCACCAACGGAGAGCGGCGGGACGAGGAGGACGGCGGCGGCGGCGUCGCCUCCUCCAGGGCGUCCAGGGUGUCGUGGGCCCGCUCCUUCAGCGUCGCCUCCAGCACCGCCGACACCCGGCGGUCCGAGUUCGACUCCGAUUCCAGGGACUUCGGGGACUCCGUGGCCUUCCACGAGCUGCUGACCGCGCGCCGCGCCAACGAUCUGCGGGUCUUCUCCUUCGCGGAGCUCAAAUCGGCCACCCGAGGGUUCAGCAGGGCCCUCAUGAUCGGCGAGGGAGGGUUCGGCUGCGUCUACCGGGCCGUCGUCGCGGACGGUAACGAUUCGAGGGCGGACGUCGCCGUGAAGCAGCUGAAUCGCAACGGCUUCCAGGGGCAUAAGGAGUGGAUUAAUGAAGUAAAUUUUCUUGGUGUAGUCAAGCACCCUAAUCUUGUCAAGCUUGUCGGUUAUUGUGCUGAGGACGAUGAGAGGGGGAUUCAACGCCUUUUGGUCUAUGAACUCAUGCGCAAUAAAAGCUUGGAAGAUCAUCUCCUGGCUCGCGUGCCAUCGCCUCUUCCUUGGAAAGUAAGGUUGAAAAUCGCUCAGGAUGCUGCUCGUGGAUUAGCAUACCUGCACGAAGAAAUGGAUUUUCAGCUGAUUUUCCGAGAUUUUAAGACAUCAAACAUCCUGUUAGAUGAAGACUUCAAUGCUAAGCUCUCAGAUUUUGGAUUGGCUAGGCAGGGACCGGCUGAAGGGCUGAGUCAUGUAUCAACAUCGGUUGUAGGAACAAUUGGUUAUGCAGCUCCAGAGUACGUGCAUACGGGCCGACUGACUGCUAAGAGUGACGUUUGGAGCUUCGGGGUGGUUCUUUACGAACUCAUCACCGGAAGACGGGCAGUGGAAAGGAACCUACCUCGGAGUGAACAGAAGCUUUUGGAUUGGGUCAGACCCUAUGUUUCGGAUUCAAAGAAAUUCCCCCUUAUUCUAGACCCACGACUCGAAGGACAGUGUUGCAUCAAGUCGGCUCAGAAACUUGCUUCUCUUGCCAAUAAGUGCCUGAUGAAGCAGCCGAAAUCGCGUCCUAAAAUGAGCGAUGUGGUCGAGAUGCUUGGGAACAUCAUCAGCGAACUAUCCCCACAGGAUGAUGUUAUUCCCGAACCAGUAGAAACUGAAGCUGAAGAUGCGAAGGGAGAGGCUGCAGGGGAGACAGAGGUCGAUUCCAAUAAACAAGGAAACAGUAAGUCGAGGAAAGUGUUUGAUAUUAGAGAGAUAGUCAACUUGAGAAACAAGUCCAUAGGGAAGUUGGAUUGGAGAAAUUGGACUCCUGGAUUGGUAAGAACUUGGUGACUCAAUGUACCAAUGUUUGUGUCAUACGAUACGAAAUGCAUGCGCAUCUGUCCCAUUGACAUGGAGAUCGUGAGAGAUGCGAACAAUUUCAUCGUGAUGUAGCAGUAUUAGAGUUGUAUAUAUACUGGAGGCCAACCCGUUCUUCAAAUGCAAGCUGCAUAUUUCAAUUUUCUCCUUAUAGAUCACCUCAGUUAACCACUGAAGAUGACCUCUACUGUUGUCUAGCAAUGACAUCCCAGGAAUAUCAAGAUGAGUGAUGACUUGGGGAUGAGACAGCUCCGGUUAUCUCUUCACAUGGACAAAACUCUGAUCCAACAAGAAGCAGAUGGAUCGUCGUCAAGAUUAUUAAAAUUGUCACUUUCAAGUA